CCUCUUCCUCCACUGACUGCGCUGAACUUCGCUGUCGGCCACGUAGCUGGCUCUCGAACGUUAACUGCAGCCACGAUAGCUGGCUAACCGGAGAAGAAGCACUCCAGGAAGGAUUACAUGGACACGGAGCUGCUUAGCCUGCCGUGUAUUCACUACUAAUACCACUUUAACUCGUUUAAUGUGUGUUAGCUGGUUAGCAUAACUGCCGAGUGAAAACAAUAGAGCGACCCUCUGCGCACAGCUCAAACUUCUCACCUAGCGAGUGAUUGCAUCAUGGAGUCCAAUGACUCAGAGCCCGAGUCUGUUCAGAGCCAAGCGAUGGAGACAGACCUCAGUCCCCCGGCCGAAGAGGACGAAGAUGUCACGGAGGAUCUCAAAGGUUGCAGUGUUGUGCUGAACCGUCUUCAGGAGGACGACAAGGCUGAUACUAUCGAUUUUGAGGAGAAAGAAGACAUGAACCGUAAAGGUGGAAAACCUGUCUCUCGAAUUCCUACCUACCAUAAACGACCUCCUGGAGCAAGCCAGGCCUCGGAGCUGCCUGUUCUUAAAAAGGAAACCCCUGUCCAUGCAGCUCAGCCUCAUGAGAAAGCUGGAUUUGAAAGGACAGAGGCUUCAAAGGCCAAUCCACUGGAUGUCAGAGAAAGGGCACUACCCCUGCCAUCAGUCCGAGUCCCCAAAAUUGGCCUUGAAGCCCACUCUCCAUUGACCAGUGGUGAACAAGUUGCUGGGACAGCUCACAGAUCCACAAUUACUACACCCAAGAGCUGGGCUUUGUCUGGGUCCAUUCAUACCCCUCUCUUGAUUGCAAGCCCCAGGCCUGCAAUCAGACCAGAGCAAGGGUCAGAGCAGAAUUUACCAGAGGAAGACAACAGCAAAACCUCAGAAGAAGAAUUUGACAACCCACCAGAUGUCCCUGUAAGUCAGCUUUUACACCAGGGCUUCCUCAGCCCAAAGUUACAAGAUGACCCGGCAGAGGAAUGUGAUGUUGUGUAUGAAGAGGGGAUUACAGUCACUGCCUCUGAAGACACCACAACAUCUGAGUAUUCAGAUAGUGCUCUCACAGCUGAGGUCAGCCAAGUGGAUUAUAUAAUUGAUGAAGAGCCUCCCUGGGAAAAGGAGCCCAUGAACAAACUUGAGUCCCAGGCCAGUAGAUCCUCAUCAGAUGCCAAAACAGAGCAGGUUUUGACACAUGAAAAGUCUGAGCUCAACAGUUCAGAGGAGGUGAAGGAACAACCUGAACCACAGAUAGUCCAGUCGGAGUUUUCAAAACUUGAAAAGAAAAUUGGAUCCAACUCUCCUGUGGCCGCAGAGACGCCUGAAGCUAAAGUCUCAUCAACAAAGUCACCAAAGAGCUCUGGACGCUCCUGUUUCAUCCACUUCUUCCUGCCCACCACCCUGCUGCUUCUGGGAGGGUUCGGUGCGCACGUUUGGCACUACGGGCUUCCCACGUCCAUGGCCCAUCUUACGGCUCAGAUGGAGCUGCACUGGCUGGAGGGCUUUGGAUUGUUCCCCAAGCCUUGCAGCACUGAUUGUCGAGUGCAUCUGGUGGAGAGCAUCCCGGAUGGUCUGUACCUGUCUUCCCCCUCGUCCAGACAGAGCAUCGCAGACAGCUGGAUGCACCUGCUGCACAGGUCCAACAGCUCGGUCCACAUCGCUGCUUUCUACUUCACACUACGAGGCAACGAUUCAGAGUCCGCCGGCUCUACUGACUCUCAGGGACGGAGGGUGUUUGACCACUUGAAACAUCUUCAGUCUAAAGGUGUCAAACUCCAGAUUGCUGUCAACGGCCCCCAGACAUCAACCCGAGACACAUCAGAGCUGACUGCAGCAGGGGCAGAAGUCAGAGAAGUGGACCUCAAAGCUGUGACUGGAGGCAUCGUCCACACAAAGCUGUGGGUCGUGGAUCAAACGCACUUCUACCUGGGCAGUGCCAACAUGGACUGGCGCUCUCUCAGUGAGGUGAAGGAGGUGGGUCUGUUAGUGGAGGAUUGUAGCUGCCUGGCUCAGGAUGCGUUACGAAUCUUUGGCGUGUACUGGAGCAUUGGUGCUGUGCCCAGUCGAUCCCUGCCCCCGUACUGGCCUGCGCGCCUCUCCGCCCUGUCCAGCGCCCAGAAUCCUCUGCAUCUGAAGUUCAAUGGAGUACCUGCUCAAGUCUACCUGUCUAGUGCCCCUCCACAAAUCUCAGCCCGUGGCCGCUCGGACGAUCUCGCCACCAUCUUGUCUGUCAUCAGGGAUGCCCAGAAGUUUGUUUACAUCUCCGUCAUGGACUACCUUCCUCUCUCUCAGUUCACAGAACCAAUCAGGUACUGGCCCGCCAUCGACACAGCUCUGCGUGGUGCAGCCUGCACCAGAGGGGUACAGGUCAGACUCAUGAUCAGCUGCUGGGAACACUCGCCCGCCUCCAUGUUCAUCUUCCUGCAGUCCCUGCUGGUGCUCAACAAACCACCACUGAAAUGUGACAUUGACAUAAAAAUCUUCACAGUGCCUUCAACAGCGGAGCAGAAGGCCAUCCCCUUCGCUCGAGUCAAUCACGCCAAGUUCAUGGUCACAGACAGAGUAGUCUAUAUAGGGACGUCCAACUGGUCAGAGAACUACUUCAGUCAAACUGCUGGUGUGGGUCUGGUUGUGAACCAGACGGGCUCAGUGGUUGGGAAGGCCCAGCAGACGCUGCAGAGCCAAGCAGAGGAGCUCUUCCUCAGAGACUGGAGGUCUCCGUACGCCAGCACGCUCUCUGUCGACAGCGUGGACGUCUGCCCUCAUGGCCGACACUGACGGUUUGCUGUUCAACAAUGUUGAGAAUUAAGAUGAGCAUCUCGCUUGUUCCUGUUUCUUGGGCUGUAAAUAACUAUUCUGAUAGUCGAAUACUCUAUUGAUUAUUAAAUGAUUAAUCGACUUAUAGGAUUAUGAAUGACACGUGCUGAUACUAAAAAUAAAUUAAAAAUCAGGUAUCCAUUCUUUCUGUUAACAAAAGGACAAGGAAAGUAUCAGCAAUAAAAACAUCAACAAACGAAACUUCAGUCUUCUCUGGACUGCAUAAUUGUGAUUAAAAAAAGACCUUGGUCAGGCAAUAGGAUAACAUCACGCUUUUAAAACUCAUUAAAAAAUAGUUAAACCAAAUUUUUGGAAUGGAUUCUGGAAUCCUGCACACAGGUAUAUACGUUUAUAUAGCAAGCUAGAUAACAGGCUAUCUUAGCGAAUCUAUGUCACGCUGUCUAACGUGCCUCCUCUUCAAAUGCUCGUGUCCUGCUUCCAUGGAGAGCAGGUCCGCCUUACAAAUACAGCAGGUAGAUUUUUUCAGGAAGCGAGAUGGCUCACACCUCAGCUACUUCCAGCACCUCCGUUAAAACCAAGUUUAGUUCAGCUGCACGGCACAAAAAAACAAGCGCUAUGACGUAACCAAUGAAUCAUCAAUGAUUUCAUUCGUCGGCGACUAUUUAAUAGUCAAUACGUCGAUAAAUCGCUGCACCCUUACCUGUCACUUGAAUUUUAUUUUGCUUGUGCAGAAAUCAGCUGGCUGUACUGUGUGAACAUACAUGUUGUUCAUGUUGUGGCUGUUUCCUGACUUGCUUGCCUCUCUGUAUAUAUUUGCAAUUCUAUAUUUAGUUUCAGAACAUGCUAUUUUUGUAUUCUCUGUAAGCUUGACAAUUUUUUUUUAUCUGAGCUGCGGCGCGGGGGAACUGGCUCUGUGCAAUUUAUUUCUAUGCCUGGAGCAUUUUGUAUGUUUUCCUUUUAAAAUGUUGGUGCCCAGCUUUAACACUCUCAUGCAGGAAAUUAAACAUUUCAAGAGGUGCAUACACCAUAGCCAUGUUUAAUCUGCUGAAGCCAUUUGUUCCUUAACGUUAGUCCAACAGUACAACCAUAUUGUAAAUAGUGGCAAUCUUAUAUUUCAGACUGAUAACUGGCUCCCAAACAAAUCUAAUUUGAGCGUUAGCCACUGCAGGCAGAAAUGGACUUGUGCUUUGUUUGUUAUUGAAAUCAUGUGGAUUUGAAAGAAUCAUUCAUUCAGUUGGAAUCUGUUUUACUGUAAUGAUAAUUGCUGUGUUGCUUCUUUUGUUCACGUUUGCUGGAAGUUUAUAGUUUGUAGAAAUCAAACCGGCUCCUCAGCAAGUGAUCUUUGAAAGCAUCUUGAUGCACUAUGAAUGGGACUCUUGAUGAAGUCCAACAUUCUCCUUGACAAACCACAUUUAAACUCACUGCAUCCAGGUUUCUUUCAAAAAGAUCCGUAAGUUAUUCUCAGAGAAAAUCAAGGAAAAUGUUGAAGAAAGAGAAAAGUAAUUCCUGGCUCUGCACCUAAAUUGAAUCAGUUUGUUUCUGAGCCGCACCACAUCCUUUCAUAUCACAUCCUUUCACCAAGUUUUUGUGUAAUUCUGUUUAAAAACAAAGAAACAACAAACGGGCAGUAGUGAAAAAACAUGACAUCCUUGGCGAAGGUGAUAAAAUCUGCCCAGCUGGACAUCUUUGACAGCUUCAUCGACGACAAAAUAAACAAGAUGUUUAUUUAUUGAAGGGACAGUCAGGAUUUGUAUAAGGGAUGCUUGACCAAAAUUGUAUCAACCUCUCCUGGUAUCUAGCUGUUACAUUUAUUUUAUUUUCAUUGUGAACUUCAGAUACUGGUCUGACUCCACUGAUGACAAUGGUGAAUGGGAUUCUAUUUUUAUUUUUAUUUUGAAAUGCUGUAUGCAGAUAAAGCUCCCAAUGACAAAGCUAGCAUGCUACGUGUGUUAAGCGAACAUAAUGCUUGUUUAAUGUUAGCAUGCUAACAUUUGGUAGCUGGCAAAGUACAUCGGAGGCUGCUGGUAAUUUGAAAAACUGAUUGUUUUCAAUGUGCUUUUUCCAGUAAAGGGAACAGUUUCAUCAUUAAACAUUCUUCAAGUGAAA